AUGGCGUCUGUGUACCGUUAUCACAUGACACAAGAUCACCGCGAUGAACUCGACGAACAAAAUCUGUUCACGAUCAAUUUACAUUUCGAUCACGUUCUUGAACUCUACUACCCGGAAACCCUACGCAUACCUCUCCGUACAAUCCACCAAUUGUACACCGUCCCUCGCCAGCUCCUCCUCUCGCCUGAGCUCGCUCAAAGAUUCAUUCAAAUCUUGCUCUCCGAAACCGGCGCGUCUCUGGACUUCGUGGGGGCGGCUGCGCCGGAUAUUUCCUCUUUCGCGUUGGAGAUGAUCGUGAACGACGCAUGCAACGCGAACCGACGCGUUCUUUCGAUGGUUCUUGCGGUUCUUGUUGUGACUCCAUACGACGAACACGGUGAAAUUGAGCGCGCGAUUGGGGAGUCGGUUAGGGAGAGUGUCAAGUUUAGGCCGGCUAGUAAGGAAUCGAUAGAGGGGUUGUUGAGGAUUGAAGAUUCGUGUGAGGUGAAUGAAUGUGUGAUAUGCUUGGAGGAAUUGUUGGUUGGAGUUGAAGUGACGAGAAUGCCUUGUGGUCACGUAUUUCAUGGUGAUUGCAUUGUUCGGUGGCUCGAGACUAGUCAUCUGUGCCCGUUGUGUCGAUACCAAAUGCCAUUUUGA